AUGGCAAGCAAAGUCAAAACCUAUUUCUUAGCGCCAUCUUUCGAUCUAAGUCCAGGUACAAUUAAACUCGGCAGUAUCAUCAAAUCAAUAAAUGCCCCGCAUGUCGAUAAAACAGAGCCCUUGCCUAUAGAUCCUUGUUUGAUCCAAACGGUCGAAACAAAAAUCUACCACGAGAAUUUCGUGGGAGGUUCCAGUAUAUUUGGUGGUAUAUCCGCCGGUUUUUUUAAGUCUAUAUUCGGUGCGGGCGCCGAUGCUAGGGUAGGGAUUGCGCGGAAUGAGGAGAGGGAUAUCUUAUGCCUCAGCCUAGAGACAAAGCACUUCGAACCAACCCAGGAGUAUCUACAGGAUUCCCUUACCAAUGCACUUAAGGAUGGUAAAAUGGCUGCGUAUGUCAAAUCGAAAGGGUUUGCCAUUCGACGUCGAAGGUUAUUCAUGGUCACUGGGGUCAAAAUAGCAACAGGCGUGAGAAUAUCAACAAUUAGAUGGAGAGAUACUGGAGUAUUUGCUCGAAUCGAAGUUGAUGCAGCCCUCCUGACCGGUAUCCCGCUUCAAACCGGCCCCGCCAUUGGUUUUGGAAGUAAGGCGUUUGAAAAAACAGAGUUCAGCCUCGACGAGAAGAACCCGAUAGUUCUUUCCUAUCAAGUCACCGAGAUAAUACGAAAAAAGAAAGGUGACGCUCAGUUAAAACUCUACACAAGUGGGGCGUUAAUGAGUGGGCGAUUUGCCCAGAAUAACCUCACGGAUGAAUUUGAGCUACAAACUGAAGAUUUGGAUACCGAUGGGUGUACUAUUGAUGAUUUUGGCAUCGGGGAUUGUCUCGUACCCAACAUCGGAGAGCAAACCCCAAUAACAGACCAGGAAGAUGGACACCUUGGGAUCCAUGUUGUCCCGUACCCAAACCUGGAAGGGAUCCAUAGUUGA